AUGAGUGUAGUGGAGGAGGUGUCCAAAUUAUAUGACAAGCAUUGUUGUAGUCGGUUCAAAUAUAUCUACGGAACAGCAGGGUUUCGGUACAAGGCAGAAAUAUUAGACACAGUUCUGUUUACCACUGGAGUUUUGGCAUGCUUGAGGUCGAUGCACUUGAAGGGCCAAUAUGUUGGGGCGAUGAUUACUGCAUCGCACAAUCCGCCCCAGGAUAACGGGGUGAAGCUAGUUGAUCCUAAAGGGGAAAUGCUAAAGCAGGAAUGGGAAGUUUAUGCUACAGAGUUGGCGAACUGUGCGUCCGACGGCAAACACCAAUUCCUUCAUAGGCUUCAGGAACUAAUGAAUCAAUUUGGAAUCAAGGCCGAUAGUGAAGCGCGAAUUGUGGUUGCCCGGGAUUCUAGGGAAUCUGGAUCCAGGUUACUCAAGGCGUUGGUUGACGGGACUAGCGUUUUUACAAACGUAGACAUUGUUGAUUACGAUAUGCUGACUACUCCGCAGUUGCACUUUUUAACUUAUCACUUGAAUAGACAAAUGGAAUCUGAAAGGGUAAUUGAAGUGAAUGAAGCGUUUUACUAUUCGCAUUUUUUAUCUGCUUUAAAGGAGCUCACAGAGCUCUUUAAUAUUCCAGGCUUGCCAUAUCCCUUGGUUAUUGACGCUGCGAAUGGUGUUGGAGGUGCAAAGGCAGAAGAGCUGUUUAUGAAGAAUACAUUUUUCAAAGAUUCUACUACCAUAAUCAAUGGUAACUGGUCACAGCACGACUUGUUGAACAGUUUUUGCGGCGCUGAUUAUGUUAAAACAAACCAAUGUUUGCCACAAGGGAUUUCUGCAGCUACAGAUAUCAAUAGUCUCCAUUGUUCCUUUGAUGGAGAUGCAGACAGAGUUAUAUUUUAUUACAGAGAUGUUGACGGGAUGUUCCAUUUACUUGAUGGUGACAAGAUCUCUACAUUGUUCGCAAAAUUCUUUCAAUCCAUGUUACCAGUUGCUGGAAUUCAAGAUAAUGUGAAAUUAGGUGUUGUACAAACAGCAUAUGCAAAUGGUUCUUCAACUAGGUACUUAUCUGAAGUUUUAAUAGUACCAGUGUCUUGCACUCCAACAGGUGUCAAAUAUUUACACCGUAAAGCGGUCGAAAACUAUGAUGUAGGGAUCUAUUUUGAAGCAAAUGGACAUGGCACUGUAAUAUUCUCUGAGAACUUUAACAAUACUGUGAGUAAGAGGUUAAAAGAGGGAUCGUUGUCUGCAGAGUCAAAAAUGGCAUUAAAAACUUUGCAAUCCUUCUCUAAAUUGAUUAACCAAACCGUGGGCGAUGCCAUGUCUGACAUGAUGGCAGUUUUGGCCGUCUUAUGUAUUUUAAAGUGGACCCCACAACAAUGGGAUGGAGAAUACACCGAUUUACCAAACACUUUGAUGAAGGUAGUAGUCCCAGAUAGAUCAUUAUUUAAAACUACCAAUGCUGAAAGACAAUUGGUGUCUCCAAAAGGUUUACAAGCGCAAAUUGAUAAAGUUAUAAAGUCAUACGAUAAUGCCCGGUCUUUUGUUAGGGCUAGCGGAACCGAAGAUGCUGUGAGGAUUUAUGCUGAAGCCGCUACUAAAGAACAAGCAGAUGAUCUAUCUAUUAAGAUUAGCCAGUUGGUCAUUUCUGCUACAGUGACUGCGUAA